GUCAUCAAUAUGGGUGUACACGUAACCUUGACACAAACAAGGCGCGUCAUGCACGCGCGCCACACAAACAUGGGCAACAAAAGCGCGCGGCAGCCGAGGAACUACUUUGUGCGGAAGGAAUGGGGCUCUCUCGGCGGAGGCAGAGAGAGAGAGGAAGAGAGAGAGAGAGAGAGAGAGAGAGAGGUGAAUGGGACUUUGAACAGCAGUACACCCUUCACCUCAUGAUAUCGAUCACUUGGCUUUUAUCGAUAACACAUCGGCUCGUCGGUGCUAACCGGGCGCUUGGCUGGAGGCUAACGCAGGCUAGCAGCAUGGGGCGCGCAUGAGGCGGCUAACGGCACAAACAAGGAAGCGGAGGAAGAGCUAACGUAGCUAGCUAGCGAACUGCUGGCUAAUAUUGUUUCUAAUGUGUGAUCCAGGAGCAUGCGUGCUGAUACCGAAAGCUGACUCGUUGGGGGAUGUCGGGCAGUAAGGCGCUGGGCGGGGGUGCCAGGCGCAGGAGGACGCGGUGCCGGCGCUGCCAGGCCUGCACGAGGAGCGAGUGUGGCGAGUGUCACUUCUGCAAGGACAUGAAGAAGUUUGGAGGACCUGGACGCAUGAAGCAGUCCUGCCUGCUCAGACAGUGCACGGCGCCCGUGUUGCCGCACACGGCCGUGUGCUUGGCAUGUGGCGAGGCGGGAAAGGAGGACACGGUGGACACGGAGGAGGACAAGUUCAGCCUGUGUCUGAUGGAAUGUACCAUCUGUAACGAGAUCAUCCACCCCAGCUGCCUCAAGAUGGGCAAAGCUGAAGGCAUCAUCAACGACGAGAUUCCCAACUGCUGGGAGUGUCCCAAGUGCCACAAGGAGGGAAAGACCAGCAAGGACCAAGCAGACAUCUUGGGGAAGCGCAGGCUGGACAACGGCGAAGUGGGCCGCUGGAAGCUGACUGACGACCCGCCCCCCAAGAAGAAAGCCCCGCCCUCUCUGGAGGAGGUUGGGAGGAUGGAGGGGGGGCAUAAGAGGAAGCGUGAGAAAGACGUGCCUGUGGACAGCGGGUCCAAAAAGAAGAUAAAAGGUGCACAUGAGAAACGGCUGAAAAAGAAACCCAAACAGGAAGCUGAGGAGUCAAACGGCCCCGCCUCCUCAGCUGGAGGAUCCUCUGUGGGCCCCACCUCCUCGUCCCUGCCAGCUGAUGGCAGUGGGGUGCCAGGGGGAGUGUCGGGCGCUGACCAGCGCUCGCAUCACAGAGAAAAACUGGAACGCUUCAAGAGGAUGUGUCUGCUGGAACGCCGUCCUUCGUCCUCAUCCUCGUCCUCCUCCAGCUCCGAGUCCGACUCCGACUCCGACUCUGAUGACUCGCUGCAAGAGGAGCAGGGAGGGGGGGGCUCUCCGCCCUCCUCGCCCUCCCUGCCUCCUCCCCACCCCUACGGCAUGGGCGCCGGGAGUCGGGCGGAGAGGAGCCGCCGUCUGGCCGAGCUUGGCUUCAGCGCCAGUGAGGACUCGGAGGGCGAGGAGGAGCAGGCGGGUGACAAGGCCCGGCGGAGAGGAGACUCCUCCGUACUCCUGCGUGGGAGGAAAGGAGGCGGCGCGGACGCGGAUGAGGACGACAGAGCCAGGAAAACCCCCUCCUCUAUCCUGCCACCAUCCCCUCUCUCCUCCAAUCAGAUGACUCUGUCCUCCCAGCAUGGCAGCCUGACAGCCAAGCAGCGCAGCAACGGACAGGAGGCACGCAACGGCCGGACACGGGGAGGCUUGGGCGGCGAGAAGGAGAAUGCCAGCAGUCUUUUGACCAAUCACAGACACAGCGGGGGAGGAGGCGGGACUAAGGGCAACAAAGGUCGUAGCAACAUGAAAAACCAGACGUCCUCCAGAAAUUUCUCCACCUCCAUCCCCACCUCCAACGGGGGAGGCGGGGGAGGUGGCUUGAUGAUGUCAGCUAUGGCGGCGUCCCCCUGCUCCCGGCCAUCCCGCUUGGCGCCACGCUCUCACAUGAUGAAGCGUAGCCCGCCUGCUGUGCCGUCGCCGCCGCGACCCGUCCAGAUGGAGAGACACUUGGUGAGGCCGCCGCCCACCUGCCCCGAGCCCAGCUGCCUGCCACUGGACUCUGGCUCCGCCCACAUCAUGACGCGAGAUGUAUGGCUGCGAGUCUUCACGUACCUUAGCCAGCCCGAGCUGUGCGUGUGCAUGAGGGUGUGUCGCACGUGGAGCCGCUGGUGUUGCGACAAGAGGCUGUGGACUCAGAUCGACGUGAGCAGACGGCGCUCCAUCACGCCGCCCAUGCUGAGUGGAAUCAUCCGCAGACAACCCGUCUCUCUCAACCUGGGAUUCACCAACAUCUCCAAGAAGCAGCUCAUGUGGCUCAUCAGCCGCCUGCAAGGUCUGCUGGAGCUCAACGUGUCAGGCUGCGCGUGGUCGGUGGUGUCGGCGCUGUGUCAGAGCGCCUGUCCUUGUCUGAGAUUGUUGGACUUGAGUCGCGUGGAAGACCUGAAGGACUCUCACCUGAGGGAGCUCCUGACCCCGCCCCCUGACACAAGGACAGCGCACGGCGAGACGCGAGCGGGGCGCUUCCACAACGUGACAGAGCUGAGAUUGUCAGGUCUGGACCUGACGGACGCCUCGUCCCGCCUGUUGGUCCGUUACGUCCCCCGCCUGGCCAAGUUGGACCUCAGCCACUGCGCCAACGUGUCGGACCAGAGCGUGCACACCCUCACCUCGACCGCAUCGCCGCUCAGAGAGACGCUGACGCAUGUCAACUUGGCAGGUUGCAUCAAGGUGACAGAACAGAGUGUCCCGUUGUUACGGCGAUGCCCCUCCUUGCAGACGGUGGAUCUGCGCUCGUGCUCGCUCCUCCCCUCAGAGGCGGGGCUACUGCUGUGCUUCCCACCCCGGCCGUCCUCUUCCUCCGCCGUUGUGCUGGCUGCUUCCAUUUCCUGUCCUCCUGAGGACAGAACGCUGCUAAAGAACAGCUAAACGGCGUCAUGGAACAUUUGCCUCAGUGGUGUGGCCCCACCCCAAGCUGCUUAUAGGACAGGUGAGGAGGAAGAAGAGGAAGAAUCCUACUCUUUUGUUGGCAUGUACAUACUUGUUCUCUGUACAAAAUGUGUGUGUGUGUGUGUGUGUGUGUGCGAGCACGUGUAUGUGUGUAUAUAUGUGUACUUUAUUUACUGUAAAUGACCUCGCACCCCCACGGCCCUCCCCAACCUUCCCUCCUCUCCUGCAGCCAAUCAUCACGCCCGCUGCUCAGCUGCAGAACAACAGGAAGUGGUCCAUCUCUUCUUCCACGUGUCUGUGCAAAGCUAGCUAGUUAGCUUAGCACAAAACACCAUCAUGUUGACUGUGUUGAGUCUGCAUGUUAGCACCUGAAGCUAAGCUAAGGCACCCAUGCAGCCCUUCGUGUGUGUGUGUGUGUGUGUGUGUGUGUGUGUGUGUGCGCGCACGUGUACUACUCCAACAUUAUUGACCGUCUUUGUUGUGCGUCUGUCAAAAGUGAUCAUCUUUCUCAGGUGCAACGUUGUUUUCUUGAGAUGGCCACACGUUCCCUGAAAAUGUCUCCUUCAUUUCAGCGUCGUCUCCACAUCCUUCCAAAGUGACUCGCUGUUCUAUCCUGGCAGCUAGGCUAGCAGCUAGCUAACAUGUUAGCUUCAGAUCUGCACUACAAGUCAAUGAACAAAAGUCAAUCUGAAACACGCUUUGCUAGCUGGUUAGCACGUGAUCAAACUGAGGUUGUUAGGUAGCUUUCCGCGUGCCACUCCACAGAUGAUCGAGUCCUGAGUGGGAGUGCUCAUCCCCGAAAGGAAGAAAAGCUCUGGUUGCAGCUUCCAAAAGGUGAAUAAGCUUCUUUUAUUGUUUACUCAAGUCUUUGACUGUUGGUCGGACAAAACUGUGACAAACGUCUUAUUUUAGUCACACUGUGCUAGCAGCGCGUCCUGUUAGCUGUGUUGUGCCAUCAAGUUCACUGAUCAGCUGUCAGUGUGGUGUUUGUGCUGAUUGGAUAGCGCUCCUCCAAGCUCCUAUUCAAUCAGAAGAUUCUUAUUUGUCUUGAUUGAUGUUGUCAAAAAAUGCACUGGAUCAUCAUGACCUUCGUCCUUGUUUGCCAAAACUUGUUUUGUUUGUGAAAAAGGCAUUUUCUCUUGUUUUUUAUACUUUGUCCAUGACUGUGUGGGAAAAUGAGGAAAGUUGGAAGAAAAAGCAACUCAAGGCAGCUACGUGUGAGUAACUACUGUACAAUGACUAAUAAAGAAGCGAGUUGUUUUUUA